AUGGACCCACGGAAGCGGACUCGCGACUGGUUGCAAUUUGAACCACCCUUGCUGAGUAAAAGAUACCCCGAGGAAUCGGGAACCAUACACGAUCUUGUCCGGAAGCUCAAAUCACCCCCUACCGCCCCUACAGUCUAUAUACAACGGAGGAGCGACUGUAGUGAAGUCUUCAUCAUGAAAGUAGUCGACUCAGACGGCAAAGUUAUCGUGGAACAUAGAGAGAUCGAAGCUGAGACCGAGGUCGAUGCUAUGGAAGGGUUGAUCAGGGCGCUCACUGCCAUAAUCAUGAUGGAGGAGGCUUCGAAGAAACGGGACCUGGUGACAACUUUGACUAGAAUCCACUAUAAAAUGUUCGUAGACGCUCACGACCUGACGGACUGGGAAGCGAGGAUUACCGAGGAACACGUCGACAAAGAUUUGGGUCCAUCCAUCGUCGUUACCGAGACUAAGGAGUCGGAAUGGGAAGCCAGCAAAUUCCUAUCAGACUGGAUGGAGAAGAGGCUGAAAAAAGCGAACCACGAUCAUAAGAACAAGAAGAAACAUACAAAACAAGAAAGUUCCACGAUAACAGUGACGGGCACGAAUGGAGGAAACAGUUUCUCUAUAAGGUUUAGGUAG